AUGGACGAGAUCGCGCCCGAGUACGACGUGGUGGUCCUGGGAACGGGUCUCACCGAAUGCGUACUUUCAGGUGUCCUCAGUGUCAAGGGCAAGAAGGUGCUCCACAUUGACCGCAACGAUCACUAUGGCGGUGAGGCCGCUUCUCUCAACAUCGAAGCCCUCUUCAAGCGCUAUGGCCAGACCGAAGGCGAGCCGUGGAAAAAGUACGGUCGCGUCAACGACUGGAACAUCGACCUCGUUCCCAAGCUCCUCAUGUCUAACGGCGAGCUCACCAACAUCCUCGUUUCGACGGACGUCACAAAGUACCUCGAGUUCAAGCAGAUUGCUGGUAGCUACGUACAGCAAGGAAACGGGGCCAAGGCCACAGUCGCAAAAGUCCCGUCAGAUGCGGGCGAGGCGCUGCGAUCGCCCCUCAUGGGUCUGUUCGAGAAGCGCAGGGCAAGGAACUUCCUCGAGUGGGUCGGCGCAUACAAGGAGGAUGACCCAGCAACACACAAAGGACUCGACGUGAAGACCAACACCAUGAAGGAUGUCUAUGACAAGUUCGGCCUCGAGCCUAGCACUCGUGACUUCAUUGGCCACUCCAUGGCUCUGUAUCCGACAGACGACUACAUCACACAGCCUGGUCAGGCGAACGAGGCUAUCCAGCGCAUCAGGCUCUACGUCAACUCGAUGGCACGGUACGGAAAGUCCCCAUACAUCUACCCGCUCUACGGUUUGGGAGAGCUUCCCCAGGGUUUCGCCCGUCUCUCCGCCAUCUACGGCGGUACAUACAUGUUGAACACCGACGUGGAUGAAUUCCUCUAUGACGGCGGCAAAGUGGUUGGCAUCAAGGCCACCAUGAAGGAGAAGGACGACACUGGUCCGGGCAUGAAGUUUGAAACCAAAGCAAAGAAGAUUCUAGCCGACCCUUCAUACUUUCCGGACAAGGUUCGCGUAACAGGCCACCUGCUGAAGGCUAUUUGCAUUCUCAACCACCCCAUCCCCAAUACCGCUGAUGCAGAUUCGCUACAGCUCAUCAUCCCUCAGUCCCAAGUCGGACGCAAGCAUGACAUCUACGUCGCUGUUGUCUCAUCCGCACACAACGUCUGCCCCAAGGGCUAUUACAUCGCGAUCGUUUCUACUAUUGCCGAGGGUGACAGUAACCACCACCUUGAGCUCCAGCCCGGUCUCGACCGUCUUGGAGCGAUUGAGGAGAAGUUCAUGGGUCAGCCUAUUCCACUUUACGAGCCCAUUGAGGACGGUACCAAAGACAACAUUUUCUUGUCAAAGAGCUACGACGCUACCAGCCACUUUGAGACCACAACAGACGACAUCAAGGACAUUUACCAGCGUGCUGAGGGAAGUGAGCUAGUUGUCGAGGGUCUGAGGGAGGGAGCCAACUUUAAUGUUGAAGAGUAG